CCUCUGUGUUUCUCACAGGUUUGGAAAAAUGGCGAAAAGAAUUGCCGAGAAGGAACUGACGGACAGGAAUUGGGAUCAAGAAGAUGAAGCAGAAGCGGUGGGGACGUUCUCGGUGGCCAGCGAGGAGGUCUUGAAGAACCGAGCCAUAAAGAAAGCGAAACGCAGAAAUGUCGGGUUUGAGGUGAGUGGCUGCAGCCUUUGUGCUGGGCGCUGGCGCCCGGGCGGAGGGCUGCCCGCGAGGCGCGGGCAGGUCUCGGGCCUGUUUCUCCAGGCGUCUCACUCUUUUCGAUGACGCUGGAUCUCGGCGUCCUGUGCUGGCUGCGGCGCCGUCUCGCUC